CACUCAGUUGUGCCUCAGGAUGCAUCUUUGAAUUCUCUCAGUAACCUCUCUACUGCUGUUUAUCAACUGUUUCUGAAUUUGAAACUUUGCCUGAAUUGCCAGGAAGGACCAGGAGUAGAGUUUUUUCAAAAAUGACUGAAACUCCUCUGCUGGAUAUUCCCUCCUCAAACCAGAGUGAAAACCAGAGCAACUCAACUGUUUGCCCAGAAUUGGAUGACUGGUGGGACAUCGUAUACUGUAUAGUUCCCAAGUACAUCAACACUGUCUGUGUCAUUGGUAUGCUUGGAAAUGUAUUUGUUCUCUUCACUUAUUCACUGCACAAAGGCCCCCUGAAGAUAGCUGAAAUCUACCUUAUGAACCUAGCCAUUGCUGAUCUUAUCUUCCUCAUGUGGCUCCCUUUCUGGGCAGAGAACAUCAAUAAUGAGUUUAACUGGCCGUUUGGCAGUUUCCUGUGCCGCAGCAUCAGCGCGUCCAUCACCUUGAACAUGUACACCAGCAUCUACUUGCUCGUGGCCGUCAGCAUGGAUCGCUACUUGACUUUUGUCCAUACCUUGAACCACAGAGAGAUAUGGAGCAAAACUAUGACCAGAGGGAUCUGCUUGCUCAUCUGGUUCUUUUGCAUCCUUCUCAGCAUCCCAGCUUUCAUGUUCCGGACUGUGGAAGACCUUCCCCAGUGGAAUAUUUCAGCGUGCGUUUUGGAUUUCCCCACCCCAUCGUGGAGAACAGCUGAAAGCCUGGUACGUAACAUAGUGGGGUUUCUGUUGCCGUCCACAGCAAUCAUCUUUCUCAAUUUCUCCACCAUUAGGUCCCUACAAAAAACAGCAAGAGAACGAAGAGCACUCAGAGCAAAGGGCUGCAAAAGGCACAAAGGCACAAAGGCAACCAGGCUGAUCUUCACCGUGGUACUGAUGUUUCUUUUCUGCUGGACUCCUCACCAUAUUUUUUUAUUCCUUGAUACAUUACACCGUGCAAAUGUGCUCAAAGGCUGUUUCUGGGAGGAACUGAUCAACUUUGGGGAGCAGUUUGCUUAUACACUGGCUACCACCAAUAGCUGCAUUAACCCUGUGAUUUAUGUCUUUGUUGGGAAAUACUUCAGGCAAAAGGCUUUAGAAGUUUUUUCACAGUUUAUUCCCUGUGGAUUUCCUUUGAAAUGGGUAUCUUUCAAAGAAAUGUCAUCGAAUUUCAACAUGUUUCCAGUCAGGAGUAGUUUAACAUAAUGGUUCUUGGUUCCAUCUUCAUUGAUAUUACAACUUAUUUUAUGCCAUUGCAAAUGGCAUUAAAAAUUAAUAUGAAAUGCAGUGAUCUGGCCUUCACAGACUAAGCUAAUUAUCUAUUAAAGUAAAUCACUUGAUUGAUUGCAUAUUUGUUCCCACGUUUGCUUUUUUAUUUCUGUGUUAUCCAUCCAAAUGCAUAACAUGCAAUAUCAGAAUUUUAUACCAAAUGAUCUAACCUGUCUUACCCAUUAACAGUGGCUUGAAAGAAAAGCUUCUUUACAAAAUACCAGAAAUCUGGUUUCAUUGCAGAAAGCCAUAAGCCACCUGAAUAUUUGCUGCAUUGUGUCUGUGAUGACAGCUACUAUACCACUUAUAAGACUAUUCAUAAAAUUGCAACAGGUAUUACAGAGCAAAUAUGAGCUUCAUCUUCGACUGAUAGAUGCAUUUGAGUAGGUAUAGAAUAACUUUGGUUAUUUUGAACCAGAUUUUAACUGGUUUGCAUUUUCACAGUAAGAUAUUGAAAAUUUUACAUUUUUUUGUGCAUUUCAAUUAUAUGCAGUGCAUAACUAUUGUACAAGAUGAUGCAACACAAAGAAAGUUUACAUAAAUUGUAAAAAAAGCACAGUAAUGCAGUAGGCUCCUCAAAACUUGACUUGUGUUGAUCCAGUAAAAUAUUAUAAAACUGCUCAUCGAAUACUGUAAAGAUUCUUUUUAUUUUCUAUAUGUGAAAAUAUCCAUGAUGGCCAUUGACACUUAUAUUAUUUUGAGGCAAAUCCUUAGAUACGUAUUUAUAUUUUUAUGAAUCAAAAUUAAUAAACUGCAUAACAUCUUAUUUUACUUCAUCGGCUUGUUUUUUCCUAUAUUUAUUUUUAUAUUUUGGUUUUUUUCCCCUGUUCCUUUUGGGAAGAGCAAAUAUAUAGUCCUGUGAUUAAAAAUCCUUGCUGCUACCAGAAUACAAACUCUGGAAGUAGAAGAAAACUUCUUUUCUGUCACAUCCACAGUGGCAGAGUAAAUAUAAGGCAACUGAUAUCUGUUUCCAUAACACUAAAAUUAUGUGUAUAUACAGACAUGGAAGAAGAUAGUGCAGCCUGUUCAGCCAGAAAGAUAUUGAUGCAGAAGGGACCAUACAGACACAUCAUUGUAUAAAAAUUCAUUUAACUACUCAUUGUAAAGCCUGUUCAGUCUUGUACUUGCUGUAACAGCACUGCAUUUUCUGUGGUUCUUUUUAGUGUUUCCAUUUUGAAUAUGUAAUAAAUCUCUGAUUAUAGAAAUCUAUCUGUUCAACCUCAUUGCAAUAAGAUUAGUGUUAAUUUUUAAUGGUUCUCUCAAACUUUUUGAAUUUGAACAGUGGAAGCCUUUUGAAGACUUAAAAGCCUAUCUUCCUGCAAUGAUGGCUUAAGAAUUAAGGGUGGAUUAAGGGAUCAGGGAGGAAGAAUCUCUCACAGAUUUAUUACUUCCACUCCUUCUGUGACAUGUGUUUUUAAAAUAAAUAUCAGGCUUCGACACCAGUAGUAACAACAGCAUGUGAAGUCCCCUGACUCAUCUGAAAUCAAAUUCCUAACUCCCAUCUAUUGUAAACUGUUGAAAACUGCAUCUAUUUAAUACAUCUCCAGCUGAAUCUUUAAUUCAAAAAACU